AUGGCACGCAACAGAUUUGGAUCUGUAUCACGACGAAACGAUUCCGUAGUGAAAUUGGUGAGACGUACUGUAGGGAACCUUGGUUACGUUUCACUGUUAGAUGGUACGACUCUCAAAGGCGAAUGGAGUGGGGUUGAAAAGCACGUAUGUAAAGAAGAAAUCGAGGCAAUGGUUCACCACAAAAUCCCUAAGAAGAAUAGAAAGAAGCUGAAAUCAGUUGACCCGUUCAACAAGAAUCACAAUUCUGUACUGCAAAAUAAUGCAAGAAAUAAGAAUUUGGAGCCAGGGAAUGAGGAGCAACCUUUAACAAGGCGUCAGAAAGACAUUCAGGAAUUUUUGAAGGAAGGAACUUUUCAGAAAAAGAAGCGAAGGCGAAACACUGUGCGAAAAGAGGCCCUGAAACAUGGAUUCAAAGUACCUAAAACUAGUGACAGUAGAAGAUUGAUGUACAGUGUUUUUAAGCAAACUAAAGAAGAAGUAGAGGGAAAAAUGCUGUUGGCUAAAUUUGGACUGGCCGGAAGGAGUUCGAAGGAAAUGAAGGCUGAGUACGAAAAGCUGGAUGAGAGGGAACAGAGGAGGACGAAGGCGAAGAAAACACAGAGUAAAAAGAUUUCAAAGAAAUUAGAUGGAGAAAACAAGGGAGUUGUGGAGGAGAAGAACGAGGGAAAUGAAGAGGAAAAGGUUAAUAACGGAGAUACGGAAGGAAGAAAAGCCGUAAAAAGAAAGCAUUUGUUAAGAAGACAGAGGUAUGAAGAGAAAAGAAGGCAGAAACAGUUGGAUGAAGAGGAAGAUAAAGUUUUGAAUGCCAAAGAUUAUGUGCCAUUUGGUGCCAGAGUUGAUGCACCGCCGGAUCUUUCUUCUUUAGGCCUUUUAGAGUCAAAGAACCCCAUAAAGACAAAAACAAAAUCACUUCUUUUGACGAAGAAAUUUGACCUGGAUAAGCUGAAUUCCUCGCCUACUACGUCGGGUAGUAUUGUUAAUUCAAUAAAGCGGAACAGGGAUUUGGCAGAAGAAAGGAAAAGAGUUAUUGAAUCAUACAGGGCUAUGAAGAGAUCUAAGCACGAAUUGUAG